CGCCAUAUAUCGAAAACGAAAUUAACGGUUAGGCGGUUUCCCUGAGCUCUUUGAUCUGCUCGGAGAUGGCGCUUCUCGGAUCCAACAUAGCCAGCGAGGUAGGUUUACGAUUGCUCCUUUGCCCUCUCGGUUCAAACAUUGUUCUUCGAACAGCAUGUUGUUCUGUGGGGAUUGGUAUACCAGUAUACUGUACAUGCAGGGCAAUUGAAAGGAAAGAUCGUAAUGCACAAGAAAAGUGGCUUUUAUAUUGGGCAGCUUAUGGAUCUUUCAGCCUUGUGGAAAUAUUUUCAGACAAGCUUAUUUCUUGGUGCCCAAUGUACUAUCAUUUGAAGUUUGCCUUUCUUGUUUGGCUCCAACUUCCAUCUGUCGAUGGAGCAAAGCAGUUGUACACGAAUCAUCUACGUCCAUUCUUUUUGAAGCAUCAAACUAGGGUUGAUCGAGUUCUGGGACUCACAUAUGGAGAAUUGCACAAACUCAUUAGUGCACACCAAGAGGAGAUUGAGUAUGCUAGGGCUGUGGUGAUGAAAAUUUUGGGUUCAGACCCGAGGCCUAAUUCAGACGUACCACGACAGAACGCAAUAGAAGGCCAGGCAAGAAUAGCCCCAGUUUCGGAGUCUGAUCAUGAGGAUUAGUGAUAUUAUUAAAAAGAGAAUGAUUAGUGUUUUUUCCUGUUGGUAAUAUGUGUAGUUUUGAAAUCCUUUCUGUUCCAGGUGCAAAAGGAGAAAAGAAAGAAAAGUGCCUUCCCUUUCAUAACGUAAUUGUGUAAUUUUUAUUUGUGCUGUAAUUAGUGAAGAUCUGAGGUAGUAUGCAAUGAAGAAAAUCAUUUUUGGGUAGCUUUACUCUUGGCAUGUUAUCUCACAAUUUGGUAAAUAUGAUGUCAACUUUAACUGUA